AUGCCCAAGACGCCAGGCUCGAGUGCUUCUAGCUCCAGUCGUCGUGGCCGAGGUCGAGGAGGUAGAGGAUGGAGGGGCCGCACUUACAACCGCGGGAACAGUGGUGGUUUGUCCUCCAGAGGUGGCUCAACACGGCCACGAGCUCGUAAUCCCUCUUCAUCGAUACGCUACAGUUCUGCUUCUCGAAACCACGCACAGUAUUCAGAUUCACAAGAACCGCAGACGCCCAAUGCCGACACUCGUGCUCGAAGCAGCAGUGAGCCCAUUCAACAUGAAGUUGUCAUGGCCAUCGACCUCAAGGAUAAUUGCACCAUUGGGUGCGCAUAUUUUUCAACUACUGACGGGAUUCUCCAUGUAUCCGAGGACAUUGCUACAGCUUCACUUGACAUUGCGGAACAAUUCCUUAUCCACAUCCAACCAACCAGUCUUCUUGUAUCUGCAAGAGCACCUGCCAGUUUCCGGGACCAGCUGGAGAAGAUCACUGCGUCAGAAGGUGCCUCAAAAGGAGUUAUUUUCCGCGGCUUGCAGUCGUCAGAGUUCUCAAUCGAAACGGCACACGAACGACUUGUUAGUCUCGAUUCACAAGCCUUAUCUGCUACUGGUAUUGUAUUCUCCACAGGGAUUGAGGAGGAUGGAAGUGAAGAAUCCAUACCCGGUCUUUCUCAACCUGAGUCGCAGGCAUUCCGUCAACUUCGCUAUGGAGGCUGCAUAAACAUGAAUAGCCAGGUAUCAGUAGGAUGUGCUGGUGCCUUACUUGGCGAUGUUCUUCGUCGACGAUCCGCUGGUUUUCUCCCUGAUGGGCAAGUUGCUGGUGUUCUCUUUCGUGUUGUUGACAUCCGCAUGUUCUCCCUUAAUACCUACAUGUAUGUCAGCACUGACGCUCUCUUGUCACUGCAAAUUCUGCAGACCGAAUUGCACCCCAACAGCCAAGCGUGGGGACCAGAUGCGAAGAAGGGCAAUUCGAAAGAAAGUCUUUCUGUAUAUGGACUGUUCCAUCACCUGGCUUGUACCCCUCAAGGUCGUACACAACUACGUCAACUCUUCCUUCGACCACUGUUGGACCUUGGCAUCAUUUCGGAGAGGCAGAGAACCAUCACAGUAUUGCUUCAACCAGACAACGCCGACAAACUUGCACAGUUGACUUCGACCCUACGCAAAAUUCGAAACAUGCGUACCACUUUAGCGCAGCUGCGAAAAGGCAUUGAGUUUCCCUCUGCUGGUCAAUCUUUCGAUAGGGGCGUAUGGGCAACAAUCCAGAAGUUCACCGCCCAAGCUCUGACUCUCAGAGAAAUGAUAGGCUUGUUUAAUGGAGGCUCUGAUAUACUAAUGGUAUCGACUAAGCUCAUUCAUACCCUCGAACCGGCCAGCUUGGUAGUUGUUGGGGACAUGAUCAACAAAACAAUCGAUUUUGAACAGUCCAAGGCACGCCACAGAUCCUCCGUCAGAACUGGAAUAGAUACUCAACUUGACGAACUAAAAAGACGGUAUGACGGGAUGGACAGCUUCCUGACAGAAGUUGUCAACCAACUCAAUAGGGAGUUGCCACAAUGGGCACGUAAAUAUGUUCGAUCCUGCAUCUUUCUGCCACAAAUAGGUUUUCUCACAGUGGUGGAAUCAAAUCGCCUCACAGGUAACGGGCAUUAUGAAGGAGAGGGGACAGCUGUUGGGGACUGGAAAAAGUUGUUUGCUGCGGACGGUGCAGUGUGCUACAAAAACAGCUACAUGAGAGAGUUGGACGAGGAAUACGGAGACAUGUAUUGCCAGAUUGGAGAUCGGGAGGUGGAGAUUAUACAUGAUCUUGCAGGUAAAGUUUUGGAGCACGAGGAGCCUCUGUUGCUUGCCUCGGACAUGUGUGGUGAGUUUGAUGCAAUACUUGCCCUUGCGCUUGGUGCCGAAAAGUACGAUUGGCAUGCACCACAAGUGGUGGAAGCAAGCAUUAUCCACAUCGAGGAAGGCCGCCAUCCUCUGCAAGAACUUGUUGUGCCAACCUUCAUCCCAAAUCCCUGCCAUCUCUUUACAGGGACAUCAACUAUAACGGCGGCCCAAGAUGGCUCGCCUCAGGCUCUGGUCCUGAUUGGGCCAAAUCACUCUGGAAAGAGCGUCUAUCUGAAACAAACAGCUAUAAUUGUCUAUCUGGCCCACAUCGGAAGUUUUGUACCAGCAGUUCAGGCAACAAUCGGGCUCACAGAAAGCAUCUUGACUUGCAUAUCUCCCAGGGAAAGCAUGUCUGGAGGCGAGAGUGCUUUUGCAAGAGACAUGAAACAAGCUGCGCUAUCAAUGAAAUCAUCAACACCUAGAAGCCUCGUCUUGGUAGAUGAGUUCGGGAAAGGGACCAAUGGCGAUGACGGUGCCGGAUUGCUGGCCGCGCUACUGGACUACUACCUAUCUCUCGGACCCGAGUGCCCUCGACUACUUGCUGCCACGCACUUUCAUGAAGUUUUCGAGUGUGGGUAUUUGGAAAACCACAAUGGAUUACGCAUUGCGCACAUGAACGUCAGAAUGGACUGGAAUGCGUCAGUUGCGGAUGAUCAAGUGACCUUUCUCUUCAACCUUGAAUAUGGCCAUAGCACGUCAAGUUUGGGAGGCAGAUGUGCAGCUUUGAAUGGAGUACCAAGCGCAGUGGUUGAACGCGCCGAAAACAUUUCAAAGUUGCUGGCCCGAAACGAAGACCUGAGUGCGGUUUGUGCUCGCCUUUCUCAAGCAGAGGAAGUCCAGCUUAGCAAGGCAGAGAUGACUGCGCGGCUGUUUCUAAGUGAGACCUUCGGCGACCAAGAUGAGGCCAACUUGAACGGGGAGGAACAUACGAGAGGUUCUAUUAUUGAGGUCUUGGAGGAUAUACUGUCAUCUGAUAUUUGA